UAAAGUCGCGCCGGGCCGGGUCCCUGGCGCAGGUCUCGGCUCGGUCCGACCUCCCGGUCGUCGAGGUCCCGCGCCCUCUCCCGGAGCAGUGCCCGUCGGAGCCAUGGCCCAGGGGCUGUACCACGAAGAGUUCGCCAGAGCCGGCAAGCAGGCGGGGCUGCAGGUCUGGCGGGUGGAGAGGCUCGAGCUGGUGCCGGUGCCCGCGAGCGCUCACGGCGACUUCUACGUGGGCGAUGCCUACCUGGUGCUGCACACGGCCCAGGCGAGGCGCGGCUUCACCUACCGCCUGCACUUCUGGCUGGGAAAAGAGUGUACUCAGGAUGAAAGCACAGCGGCUGCGAUCUUUACCGUUCAGUUGGAUGACUAUCUGGGCGGCAAGCCAGUGCAGAGUAGAGAGCUGCAGGGCUACGAGUCCACUGAUUUUGUUGGCUAUUUCAAAGGAGGUCUGAAAUACAAGGCUGGAGGUGUGGCAUCUGGAUUAAAUCAUGUUCUCACGAAUGACUUGACUGCUAAGAGGCUCCUGCAUGUGAAAGGUCGGAGAGUGGUCAGGGCCACGGAAGUUCCUCUCACCUGGGACAGUUUCAACAAGGGCGACUGCUUCAUCAUUGAUCUUGGCACUGAAAUUUACCAAUGGUGUGGUUCCUCGUGCAACAAAUACGAGCGUCUGAAGGCAAGCCAGGUUGCCAUUGGCAUUCGGGACAAUGAAAGAAAAGGAAGAUCUCAACUCAUUGUGGUGGAAGAAGGAAGUGAACCAUCAGAGCUCAGAAGGGUUUUAGGGACAAAGCCUGAGCUCAGGGAUGGAGACGAUGAUGACGACAUCGUAGCAGACAUAACUAACAGGAAAAUGGCCAAACUCUACAUGGUUUCAGAUGCCAGUGGAUCCAUGAGAGUGACUGUGGUUGCAGAAGAAAACCCCUUCUCCAUGGCAAUGCUGCUUUCUGAAGAAUGCUUUAUUUUGGAUCAUGGUGCUGCAAAACAAGUUUUCGUAUGGAAAGGUAAAGAUGCUAAUCCCCAGGAGAGAAAGGCUGCAAUGAAGACAGCUGAAGAGUUCCUAAAGCAGAUGAAUUAUUCCACCAAUACCCAGAUUCAAGUUCUUCCAGAAGGAGGGGAAACACCGAUCUUCAAACAGUUCUUUAAGGACUGGAGAGAGAAGGAUCAGAGUGAUGGCUUUGGGAAAGUGUAUGUUACCGAGAAAGUGGCUCGAAUAAAACAAAUUCCAUUUGAUGCCUCAAAACUACAUACUUCUCCACAGAUGGCUGCCCAGCACAAUAUGGUGGAUGAUGGUUCCGGCAAAGUGGAGAUUUGGCGUGUAGAAAAUAAUGGUAGGGUCGAAAUUGACCAGAAUUCAUAUGGUGAAUUCUAUGGUGGUGACUGCUACAUUAUCCUCUAUACUUAUCCUGGAGGACAGAUUAUCUACACAUGGCAAGGAGCGAAUGCCACACGAGACGAACUGACAACAUCUGCAUUCCUGACGGUUCAGUUGGAUAGGUCCCUCAGAGGACAGGCUGUGCAGAUCCGAGUCUCCCAAGGCAAAGAGCCUGCUCACCUGCUGAGUUUGUUCAAAGACAAACCGCUCAUUAUUUACAAGAAUGGAACAUCAAAGAAAGGAGGUCAGGCACCUGCUCCCCCUACACGCCUCUUUCAAGUCCGGAGAAACCUGGCAUCGAUCACCAGAAUCAUGGAGGUAGAUGUUGAUGCACAGUCUUUGAAUUCCAAUGAUGUUUUUGUCUUGAAACUGAGACAAAACAAUGGCUACAUCUGGAUAGGAAAAGGCGCUAGCCAGGAGGAGGAGAAAGGAGCUGAGUAUGUGGCAAGUGUCCUCAAAUGCAAAACCACAAAGAUUCAAGAAGGCAAGGAACCAGAGGAAUUUUGGAAUUCCCUUGGAGGGAAAAAAGACUACCAGACCUCUCCACUGCUAGAAACACAGGCUGAAGACCACCCGCCUCGGCUUUAUGGCUGCUCUAAUAAAACUGGAAGAUUUGUUAUUGAAGAGGUUCCAGGAGAGUUCACCCAGGAUGAUUUAGCAGAAGAUGAUGUCAUGUUACUAGAUGCUUGGGAACAGAUUUUUAUUUGGGUUGGCAAAGAUGCCAAUGAAGUCGAGAGAACAGAGUCUCUGAAGUCUGCCAAAAUGUAUCUUGAGACUGACCCUUCUGGAAGAGACAAGAGGACACCAAUUGUCAUUGUAAAACAGGGCCAUGAACCACCCACAUUCACAGGCUGGUUCCUAGGCUGGGAUUCCAGAAAAUGGUAAACUGGUUUUUGUAGGAAAACAAACAAAUAUUAUGGAGCAACUGUCUCAUUGCUGUUUUGAGGGGAAGAAAGGGUUUUUUUUUUGUUUGCUUGGCUUUAGAAAAUUAACCUCAGCCGCCAUAUGGCUAUUUUUUAAUGCCUAGGAUUGGUUUGAAAUUUUUUUAAAACUAGAAUUUUCUUACAUUAGUAUUUUAAAAUAACCUAAAUAAAUUUUUGUAAUAUUUUGUAAUAUUUUGAACCAAUAUUAGCUCUGCUGGAAACUGAUUUAUAUCUUUUUAUAUGACCUUUUAAAAGUGAAAAGCUGCAUAUAAUCUAGGGGAAUUUGUCAGAGGAUUUUAUAAUUCAGGAGCCUUUAGCCAAGUUUGUUAAUACAGGAGAGAACUAAGCCAUAAUGCCUCUUGAGGUUAUUCACUUUCCUAUGUGUUGUGAAGAAUUGUGUAUUUGCAGUGGGGUUUAUGUUAAGAAGGGUUAAAAGUUUGUUGUUAUUUUCCUUCAGCCAAUGUGACUCUGAUAUCAUUGACUCCUAAGUGUCAUUUCUAAGAGUAACUUUACCAUUUUUGCCUUUUUAAAAGCCUUUGAAAUCACAGCUUUUUCAUGACAAAAUAAUUAUAGUCUUAUCCGGUUGGAUAUAUGUAUUUGACAGUACAUGUUUAACACCACAAAGGUUAUGUACGAAAAAAUUCACUAAUGCUGUCUUUCAUCAUUAAAAUGCAUCUCUUUUUGGAAAGGU